ACGACGGGCGGGCGAGAGGAGAUGGGUCGUGAAACUUUGGAUUCUGAAGUCAUACUCUUCGUAUAAGAUGCUUUCUGCCUUGACUUUGCCUUUCCGUUCUCGACUGUCCUCCCCAAAUCACAUCAAUAUGCAAGACCAACAAACCCCCCUCAUCAAACCAGCUCCUCAGCCUGCCAGCGACCCCGCUCAUGGUGCUGCCAUAAUCUUCCUUCAUGGUCUCGACGAUGAUGCCAUGGGUUGGGAGAGUAUGUUCCGGACCUCCUCGAACGUUACACAAACAAGCACUGACGUAGCCUGCAGACAUAGCCACACAGUUCCACGAAGGAAACAAGCUACCUUAUAUGCAAUGGAUCUUCCCGAAUGCGCCACAUAACAUGGACGCUAGGCAGAAUGCUUGGUACAUACCCUCUUCCUUGACACCGGCUCCUGCUGGUCGUCCAGAACUCGCCCCUGAGGAGGAUGAAGAGGGUCUGCGGAAGAGUGUCAAAUAUGUCGAAUCGCUCAUUGACGACCUGACAACGAGAGGCAUACCACCCAAUCGUAUAGUCCUCGGAGGCUUCUCUCAAGGCUGUGCUCUCGCACUUCUCACCGAGCUGACUUCUCGUCAUUCUGGUAAGCUUGCUGGUAUCGUUGGUCUGAUGGGUUACUUGCCCCUGCCUGAGACAAUCCAGAAGCUACGCACCGAGGGAGGGCUACCACACGUUGUCGGACACGUGCCUAUGUUUCUAGCACGCGGAGUCUCCGACAGGUUAAUUCCACGUAGCAAAUGGGUCGAAGGCUUGAACAAAUUGAAGGAGCUGGGCGUAGACGAUGGAGCGUUGGAGAUCAAGGAGUAUGAGGGGUUGGCGCAUGCGCUUUCACCUGCCGUCUUGCAGGAUCUGAGUAAAUGGCUGAAGAGAGUGGUGCCGAAGUUGGAAGAUUGAAGAGAUAUAGCUAGCUUUUUAUUUGCAGAAUGCAAUCAGGGACCGAGUCUCUGAGUAGUUCCAACAGGAGCGAGAGUUGGGACCGGUCUGGGCGAUGCAGUCGUGGGAAGCACACCGUAUCUACCAUAUGUCUUCUGGUCGACUGAUACGUAAUGGGGUAGGCGACCAAGAAGGUUGAGCUUGCCCUCGAUCCAUCUCAGGAUCUUUUCGUUGGGCACGAGGAACUUGACGUAACCCAAGCCCCAGAGGUAUCCAAC